UCAUGCUUUUAUACACUACUACUUCUUCUUCUUCUUCUUCUUCUUCUUCUUCUUCUUCUUCUUCUCUGUCGACGAGAUGGUGAAGUUCUCGAAAGAGCUGGAAGCGCAGCUCAUCCCGGAAUGGAAAGAUGCAUUUCUCGACUAUUGGCAGCUCAAGAAACACAUCAAAAAGAUUAAGUUGGCAAGAAAAUCCAAACACUCCGACUCCGAUUUCGGUCGCUCCAUUUUCGACCCCAUUCGCCGUCUCGCUGGAAAUAUCUCCGCCUCCGCCACCGCCCAUAAAUGGUCCGAAAAUAACCAGAUGAGGAGUAAAAUUGGUGAGGAUGAAGAAGAAAUUGAUGAAACUGAGCAUACUCAGCUCUUUUCAGAAGAAUAUGAGGUUAGGCUAUUUUUUGAGAUUUUAGACGAUGAGCUGAAAAAAGUAAAUGAAUUCUAUUCGGAAAAAGAAAGUGAAUUUCUUGAAAGAGGAGAAUUACUAAAUAAGCAGCUGGAGAUACUGCUAAACCUCAAGCGUGUUCUAAGCCAUCGCCGCCACUGGAAAACCCCGCCGCCUAAGACCGCCGCUGGUGACUCGGCGCCUGACUCGCCGUCGUGGCAACAGAGCUCGGACUUCUCCGAGUGUGGAAGUCCGACGACGGAAGAAACAACCGACGAUGUGAUAGCUGCACUAGAAAAAAAUGGGGUGAAAUUCGACUAUUCAUCAAAGCCAAAGAAAGGGAGGAAGCCCAAGAUCACGAUGAGACUAGACAUUCCGGCGACAACGCCGGCGCGGACCAUCUCCGCCGUCACAUCCAUGCUGCGUGAGGAUUCCUCCAACCACCCCAAAAAAGGAGGAGGCGAAUGCAUCAACCGGAGCAAGAUUCAGUCUGCUGAUAAGAUGAUACGAGGGGCAUUUGUGGAACUUUACAGAGGCCUUGGCUUGCUUAAAACAUACAGCUCGUUGAAUAUGGUUGCCUUCACAAAGAUACUCAAGAAAUUCGAUAAGGUAUCGAAUCAGCAUGCAUCAGUGGAUUACCUGAAAAGAGUGAAGAGAUCCGAUUUCAUCAGUUCAGAUAAGGUGGUAAGAUUGAUGGAUGAAGUAGAGUCCUUAUUCACAGAGCACUACACCAACAAUGACAGGAAGAAAGCCAUGAAGUUCUUGAGGCCACUGCAUCACAAAGACUCCCACGUUGUCACCUUUUUCGUUGGUUUAUUCACAGGUAGUUUUGUGACACUGUUUUGUGUCUAUGCAAUCUUGGCACAUAUAAGUGGCAUGUUCUCACCAGCAACACAGACAGCGUAUAUGGAAAUGGUCUAUCCGAUUUUUAGCAUGUUUGCAUUGCUGAGCCUGCAUUUGUUCAUGUAUGGUUGCAAUCUUCUUAUGUGGAAAAACAGCAGGAUAAACUACAACUUCAUCUUUGAGUUCCAGCCUAGCAAUGCCCUCAAGUACAGGGACGCCUUCCUCAUCUGCACCUCUUUGAUGACUGCUGUCGUUGCUGCUCUGGUGCUGCACCUCGUCUUGCUCUCAACGGGCUUCUUUCCUCACGAGGUCGAUUUCAUCCCCGGGGUCUUGCUGCUGUGUGCUCUCCUGCUGCUGAUAUGCCCGUUGAACGUGUUUUACCGGCCAACGCGCUACUGUUUCCUUAGAGUCAUCCGGAACAUCAUCUGCUCCCCUUUUUACAAGGUUUUGCUGGUGGACUUCUUCAUGGCUGAUCAGCUAACUAGCCAGAUCCCAUUGUUGAGGCACAUGGAAGCCGCGUCGUGCUAUCUUGUCGCGGGAGGGUUCAAAACGCACCGCUAUGAGACCUGCAAGUCGGGGAAGAUGUAUAGGGAGCUGGCAUAUGUCAUCUCCUUUGCGCCCUACUACUGGCGAGCAAUGCAGUGUGCAAGGAGAUGGUUCGAUGAGAGCAAUCCGGAUCACCUGGCUAAUCUAGGGAAGUAUGUGUCAGCCAUGGUGGCAGCGGGGGUAAGGCUAACCUACGCCAGACAGCCAUCGAAGUUAUGGCUGUUCGCAGUUUUGGUGACUUCAGUUGUGGCCACAGUUUACCAGAUGUAUUGGGAUUUUGUUAAGGAUUGGGGGCUUCUCAAUAGGAAGUCCAAGAAUCCAUGGCUCAGAGAUCAUCUCGUGCUCAAGAACACAACCAUUUACUAUGUGUCCAUUGCAUUGAACUUUGUCCUGAGAAUACUAUGGGUGGAGGCGGUGAUCAAGUUCAACGCAGGGGCGUUGGAGAUGCACAUGCUCGACUUCUUCUUGGCUUCGAUGGAGGUGAUAAGGCGUGGACACUGGAACUACUACAGGUUGGAAAAUGAGCACUUGCACAAUGCUGGCAAGUUUAGAGCAGUCAAGACAGUGCCCUUACCAUUCAAAGAAAUGGAUUCGGACUGAGAUCUUGUGAUGCAUCAGUAUCACUAUCAAGGAGAACGAGCACACGACGUUUCAACUAACCAUGAACCCCCACAUAGCUCUCAACGAGACAGGCACUCGAGAAUUCACAAGUUCUACUCUACAAUGAUGGAAAAGGCUUCUGGCAACAAUGCAUUGGUUGAUUGCUGAUAAUCACAAAAGCACGAGCUAUGUCUAUACUUUCACGUCCAGCAAUCUACUUUACCUUACUAAUCUAGACAAUUGUAUCUUGAUUUGAUGUGUGAGCUAUAACUAUGUAUAUAGACAAAUAGUCUAUCAAGAAAAUGCAAAGAAAGGAAUUGAAUUACUACAUCUUUUUGAAA